CGCCAAGUACGCAAUGUAUUUGUGGGAGUAUUUUUUAUAUCUGGAAGACCCGAGUCCUUCUAACCCUUUCAAAUGCCCAGUUCAAGAAUGGAUAUCUACAUUACCAAGGGUAUUACUAACCCCAACUAUCCGGGAUUUCAAAAAUUUGCACAUACAUUGUCGGACGACUACAUCGAGUAUUCGGACAUGGAAUGCAAUGAAAGUGACUUAACGGAUAGUGACAGAGAGGAUGAGCAAAUCUCGUUUAAAAACGAAAAUAUCAAGUGCAAUACCGACUCGGAAAAUACCCAGGAAUUAUUGCUGAGAAAUGGGGCACUGGAUGCAAAUGACAAUGGAAAUACAUACUCCUCUGGGAGUGUGGCAAACACUUCGUCGUCCACGAACAUACCUGAUCUUGUAAAUAAGAAUUUAAACUCGACGCAGAAAAACUCGGUGAAGCCAGAUUUAAUUUACAAUCUGAGCAAAAAUUAUAUGACCAAUUCCGAUUAUUCUCCGUGGUCUUGUACAAUUAAUACAAAAUACGAGGGCCAACUACAAGGACAAAGUCCCAUUGAUAUUGUUGGCGAUUUCGGCGAGGAAGUGGAGCGUGAGUUUGAGCUUCUUAUCAACGGAUAUAAGAACAAAAAGUCGCUGGAAGCGUUGCAAGAAUCAAACUUAUCAAAGAUGAACGAUGCAGAGCUAUCAAAUGGCACGGAAGCUUUAAAUUAUACGGACUCAACACGAUUCACUGGACACAAUAUGCGCAAAAAUAAAAAGAAAAAUAAGCCAUACGGACAUGAGCCGUUGAAAAUGAAGCAUCAGAAGCAAUCCCAUGAUGAGCGACAGCUACCACCGGACACAUUUGAUUAUAAAACCUAUAGUCAGCGGAAAUAUCUACUUUGUGAUGCGGCAGAAAGUUAUCAUUCGGUUUUGGAAAAGAACAAAAAUAAUAAGCAGAACAACAGCCAGGCAAAUAUUCCCAAUUUAGGCAAUUUGGAAAUCGGCCAAUCUCAGCCAGUUUUAGAGGAAGAACAAGUUACAAAUGUCACUAAUCGGCGGUACUUGAAUCAAUCGUCCUGGUCUCAGUACUUGGAGGAUUCUAAAAAAUAUUCCAAGGACUCUUCUACGACUAUGGUGUUGGAACAAUUUGAUGCAUACAAAGUGGCGAAUGAUAUGGAUGUGGAAACAUUGGAAAAUCAUUUUCAGAAGGUCAAGCAAAUCGAGAAAAAGCGGCGCUUUAACCGAGAUGAAAUUCGCAAGAGAUUGGCAAUCGGGGAUAAAGACCCAUUGAAUAAUCAAAAUGACAUUAAAAAAGAAGAGUUUCUGACCGGUUCUGACAACGAAAGCUAUAGUUCCGACUCUGAAACAUGUCCAAAGCUAUCAAGUAAAGCACUUCGCAAGCAAUCCGAGUGCUGUGAAGCCAAGCGAAAUAAAGAAUUCGAAAACGAUCAAAUAUUACAAAAGAACCAAGAAGAUAAUAUCAAUCAAUGUACGAUAAACGGCAACGUGAUUCAGGAACCAGAUUUUCAUUCAAAUGAAAACAACUACUUCUUUGCGAACCAAUCAAAGCUUCAAAUAGAGGUUAGAAUAGCCCUAGCUCAAUCGAAGGAAAUUGCGCAAAUGAAAGUAAAGGCAAAGAAAAACGGCGAAACGCCAAUUGUGGAUAUAAUUCGCUCAAUGCUCUGUGAUGUUGGUAUUAUUAUGGAUAAACAUCAUCGUUGGAUAUCAAGGCAGUUACUCACUGGAAUUCAAGUUCCGACUCUACAGUUGUUGGUCAAUAACCUACAGAGGUAUAUUGAGACAUUGAAUGUUGAUCUACUCGAGAGCCUUAAGGAACGCGAUGAUCUAAAUUCGGACCAAGAUGACAUAUUGCAUGAUCUUGAAAAGAUUAAUAAUUUUUUUGUUUUUCAACAGCAAUCUGGCCAGAAAACUAACAAAGUAGUUCGACACUUGCCUCUGAAAUAAGCAUGUUACAUGACAAAUUUGUUUGCAAAUAUAAAUUCACUUUUAUGAUUAAUAUCAAUCUAUCAAGACCGUUUCUAAAACACAUAUUCAAAAAUAAUGUUCUUUAAAUACUGU